AUGGCUCGACGAAGCGGUCGCAAUAGCGGCGACAGGCGUGCUUUCAAUGGCAAUUUGGUCGGCAGACCAGCAGCGGUGCCUGCGUACUACAGAAUUAUCAUUGCAUACAGGACUAUUAUUAUUAUCCUGGUAGAUUCGGCGUUCACAUACAUCGUUGCAACCCAAGGUCACUCCGGUACUAAUGACCUGAUUUGCUACGCUUUUCACAGACCCGCGGUCAUUGCAGUCAGAUCCUUCCAAGGUUGUAUCUCUCAAGCAAACAUCACUGCGUCCAGAGCUGGGUACCUGCCUAUCUGUCAUUAUCCUCCUUCUCACCCUUCAUAUCAGCAGGCGGUGUCACCAUUGAUGCCGCUCUCGCAUCUGCGGCUGGCCCUUUCCACCGGUACAUCAUGUGAGCCUUUGCUCCUGUCAGCUUCUUCUUCUUCUUCUUUCUCUUCUUCAAUCUCUUCGACUUCGUUCUACUCGAUCGCCGCCGCAGCGCAUUCCUCCCGCCGUGCUCGCGUGCUCGCUUUGCGAUCGUCAUUCACAACAUACCAUCGCGUGCUCAAUAUCAGCACUCGUACAUCUAUCACCGUCUCUUCCGACCGUUCACAUCAACCGGGCGACAAGACCCGACCUUCUCUGGUAGCGCCGCAAGCUACAUUAUCGUCCUCGCGCCUGCAUGGUCCUGCCGCAAAAAUGCAGCUCCAAACCGCCAUCACACAGAUCCGCUCGCAUGCUGGACAUUCCCACGGCCAUGGUCACGGCCACGGGCACUCGCAUGACACAACCUAUCUGACCAGCUCGAAUAAAAGCGACCCAGGUGUACGCAUAACAAGAAUUGGCUUAUUGGUCAACCUGGGUAUGGCCAUUGGCAAGGGAGCCGGAGGAGUGGUCUUCCAUUCACAAGCUCUACUAGCAGAUGCCCUACACGCGUUGACCGACUUGCUGUCGGAUAUCACCACUCUGGCUACAAUCUCGUACUCGAUUCGGCCUGCCACACCAGCGUUUCCUCUCGGGUACGGCAAAAUUGAAUCGAUCGGCGCUCUGACUGUUUCGGGCAUAUUGCUUGCGGGUGGUGUCGGAAUUGGUCUGCAGGCAGUCAUGGCGCUCAGUCAACAAUUCUUUCCGGAAAUAUUUGGCAUGCUCUCGCAUGUCUUGGAGAACGUACCUCUGCACAGCCACUCCCAUGGCGGCCAUGAUCAUGGUGCCCACGUGGGACCGAGCAUACAUGCUGCCUGGCUUGCAGCAGGAAGCAUCGCUGUAAAAGAGUGGUUAUAUCGUGCGACGAUGAAGGUCGCGAUAGAAAAGCGGAGCAGCGUCUUGUCGAGUAACGCAUACCACCAUCGAGUGGAUAGUUUGACGGCCUUUGUCGCUCUGUUCACCAUUGUCGCAAGCAACUUUCUUGAGCAUGCUCGCUGGCUUGACCCGGUCGGCGGUCUCAUUAUUAGCGGCAUGAUUGUUCAGGCUGGCUGGUCCAACACAAAGGCAGCGGUCCUCGAGCUCGCCGAUGCCAGUGUCGACGCCGACGUCCGAGAAAGCGCCCACGCCGCGGCUGCAGAAUUUAUCGCUUCGCACGGCGCCACCAUCCGCGGAGUUCAGGGAAUCAAGAGCGGGCAGAACCUGAUGUUCGAUGUGGAGGUCGUGGUACCAGAGGACUGGUCAGUAGCACAAUGCGACCAAGUUGGGCAAGAGCUGCGACAAGCUAUCGCGACCAAGGUACGCGGUACGAGGAGAAUUGUUGUCAGGUUCACAACCAAGGAGACGGAGGCCUUCCAGGAUGAAUUCGUGGCGCCAUCCGCGGACGAGAAUGUUCCGGAGACCCCUGAAGAGCAUGCAGAUGGCCAUGCUGGGCACGACCACGCACACCAAUGCGACGGCGGCAAACACGCUCACGCCAAUGGCCACGCUGUGAACGGCACUGCGCAAAAACGAAAGUAGAAAUUAAGGUCACACGACGUUCACAAGCAUCGAUCAGAGCUGGGAGAUGCUCCGCCACCCACUUUCCUGCCCAGGCGGCUGUUACGUCACAACGCUGCCGACGUUGAGUUGCUU